GCGCCUAGCGGAUCGAUUCCGAGUUGUUUGCGCUGCCGAGAGAGGCUGAUCAGAGCGAUAUAUUGGAACUCCUCACUAGUAUAGUGAUUAAAAUCUUCUGCAGGCGUACGCAGGCUGACGUUUCGAGUGAAACAGAAAACGAGUGCACGGUAGUCCAGAUGGACUAUAGGACUUAAUAGAACCGUAUGUUGUGUAUCGUUGAUUCAAAAGUGGGAGAGAGUACAAACAACAAGCGAUAUUGGAGGCUAAUAAUGAUUGCGCGCGCGCUCGUGUUUUGUAUAGAAGAUUAAAAAUAAACAAUGUUGAUAGUUGAUAGUUGCACCGGUUAAAAAGAGGGUGGAAAUCGUGGCAAAGUGGCGCUAUGUUUUUGGUGAAUGUUUACAUUGACGGAUAUGUACUAUAAGAAAUUUGAAGUGUUAUCCAUUCUUUAAAAAAAUAUUCAUUUGCAAAUUGUGUGUUCACUGUGUAUCUGACUUUUAUCAGUCCUGAUUUCAAUUGAAGUUUCUAUCACCCUUUCGUCAUAAUUCAAAAAACAAGACUCCAUAAUCAUCAUCAGCAUCAGUCUUUUGGAGCAAACAGUGCCGUGAUUGUGCUGACACCAACUUUAUGUCUCUGAAAGUGCUGAAUUUUCCUUUUUGAUCUCUCGAGUUCGUUCGCCGUUCUGAAACGCUUUAGCCCAGUGAUCCAGACGUCUCAAAGAGUGUACUCGUGUUCCGAUACGUUGCUGCAUAGAAGUAUCUACACAACAACCGCAGUGUAAAUUAUGAAUACGCCUAGAAGACAACGAUGUCUUUCAAGUUUUUCCUAAGUCAAGAAGUGUAACGAAUUAUAUAUGAAGCAACAAAAAUAAGAAAAAAAUAUGAACCCCGAUUGCAGUGUGUGUACUACUGAUGGAAGUCAUAAUAAAUGCAACUACUAAUAGUGUCAGCCCAUCGAAUAAGGGGCAUCGAGCUGCAACCAGUUACACGUUACGGUGCUCCUGAUCUACUUUUGACAGAGAGUUAAAAAAGAGUGAGAGAGAGAAGAAAAAAAUAUAAUUUAUCAAACUGUGAAGAAUAUCGGUGGCGAAGAACUUGUGAGGCGAAGACGAAGAAGGGAACCUGAAGGAAGCUGGCAGAGAUUUGAUGAAAAAUGGCAAAUUACACGAAUGAUUAUUUCUUCGCCAUGGAUACUGAUGACGUGGAAUCCUCGAGCAGCAGCACGAUGUCCAGUCUGAACAGCCUGUUCUCGUUCACCAGUCCGGCGGUCAAGAAGCUGCUGGGCUGGAAGCAGGGUGACGAGGAGGAAAAGUGGGCCGAGAAAGCUGUGGACAGUUUGGUCAAGAAGCUGAAGAAGCGAAAGGGCGCCAUCGAAGAGCUGGAACGGGCCCUAUCCUGUCCCGGGCAGCCCUCCAAAUGUGUGACCAUCCCCCGUUCGCUGGAUGGACGAUUACAGGUAUCCCACCGCAAAGGCCUACCGCAUGUGAUCUACUGUCGCGUCUGGCGUUGGCCAGAUCUCCAGAGUCACCAUGAGCUGAAGCCGAUCGAAACCUGUCAGUAUCCGUUUAGCGCAAAACAGAAGGAAGUUUGCAUCAACCCGUAUCAUUACAAACGGGUGGAGAGUCCGGUUCUGCCACCGGUUUUGGUGCCACGGCACUCCGAGUUUGCUCCGGGUCAUUCGCUGUUGCCCUUCCAUCAGAUGAAUGAGCCGAAUAUGCCCCACAACGUGAGCUACACCAAUUCCGGGUUCAAUAACUCGCACAUUGGUGGAGGCGGGGGUCCAAAUUCUCCCAUAUCUUCCCACAUGAGCCCGAAUAGUCCCAUUUCGUCGGUGUCCAGCCCGGGACCAAUCAAUUCCAAUCCACAAAGUCCGUACGGAUCAUUGCCAGAGACUCCACCUCCUGCUUACAGUCCACCGGAAGAUGGGAACAAUGUCGGAGGUAAUCAAGACAACAACCAGAUGGACACGAAUCAGAUGCAUGGUGAAGUGGCCCCGGUAAGCUAUCAGGAACCUCCUUACUGGGCUAGUAUAGCUUACUAUGAGCUGAACUGCCGCGUGGGCGAAGUUUUCCACUGUAACUCAACCUCCAUAAUCGUUGACGGCUUCACAAAUCCGUCGAACAAUUCGGAUCGCUUCUGCUUGGGACAGCUGAGCAACGUCAAUCGGAACAGCACAAUCGAAAACACCCGACGUCAUAUCGGAAAGGGAGUCCAUCUCUAUUACGUCGGUGGGGAAGUGUACGCCGAAUGUUUGUCGGAUUCGGCCAUUUUCGUGCAGAGCCGUAACUGUAACCAUCAUCACGGAUUCCACCCGAGUACGGUGUGCAAAAUACCGCCUGGUUGUUCGCUCAAAAUCUUUAACAACCAGGAGUUUGCCCAGCUGCUGUCCCAAUCGGUGAACCACGGAUUCGAGGCCGUCUACGAACUAACUAAGAUGUGCACGAUACGGAUGAGUUUCGUCAAGGGCUGGGGCGCCGAAUAUCACCGCCAGGAUGUGACGUCGACGCCAUGCUGGAUCGAGAUUCACCUACACGGCCCUCUGCAGUGGCUGGACAAAGUAUUGAUCCAGAUGGGAUCACCUCACAAUGCUAUCAGUUCGGUGUCGUAAGGAAAUGAGGGAAUUGUAUGGUUGCUGGUGUGAUUUUAUUCUAGAACGUGUGACUGUUGUCUUCAUUUAGCGGAAUUUGCGUUAGUUUAGAGUACAAGUGUGAAAUCCCCAUUUCUCUACUGUCCUGCUUCUGAAGGCCUUGACGAAUGUGAGUUAAAGUAGCAAGAAAUAUGUUAAUAUUAAGAUGAAGAUAUGCACCUAGAAAAACUCUGCCGUCUAUUGCAAACAUGAGUGUGGAGUGAAUGUUUUAGACAAGCUUAGCGUUUCUUUAGCAUGCAAUACAAAACGAUACGAUUUUCCAUUAUGGUAAUCAUGCGGUUUGACUUCUUCAAUACGCAACCCAAUAGAUUGUGAGUCAUUUCAACCGCAGAGCCCUUUGUGGAUAGUAACGUAUACUAGAAUAAGCAAAAACAGUUUUUAAGCCUGCUAUUGAUUUCAUUUCUCCGCAAAUGUUCACACAAACAAAAUGUGAUUCGCUUACAUGAAAAAAAGUAUAAAUCAUAUGCAACAAUGGCACCGCGUUAUCCGAUUAAGUAUUUCAUAAAAGUGCAAUUAUUAUAGAAGAGAAUCAAAACUACCGAUUUAUUAUUUUUACUGAACGUUAUGUUUCGAUCGCUGUUUUUUUUUUAAUAUCUAGGAUCAAAUCAAAAUUUAACAUAGAUUUUAUUUUUCAACGAGCAUGGAUUUCGUUCUUAAAGAACCUAUUUUUAUUUGCUAAGUUUAUACUGUACCCCAGCCAAUUGAAACUGUCUUAAGCGAAAUAUGCCUCAUUAGUGCUGAUCAGUCUAUUAGAUUUGAAAUAGCAACGCCUUUUUUAACCUUUUGUCUAUCUCCACAAAUUUUAACACGCUAGUCUCCUCUUACUGUGGCUUCAAAGCCAAGAUAUUAUUCGUUCGAAUAAUAUUUCCAAGAAUGUUUUCAUCUCUUAUUCCCCUUAAAACCUUCAAAAGCACUUCAUUACAAACACGUGUAUAAGAUUGAUUAUUUGAGCAGCUUGUAAGAGGCUAGCGGCAUGAAAAAAAACUAACAGUUUCAAACAUUUUAAGAUAGUGAGGUGAUCUUCUACUUAAACAAUAGACACACGAAGUUGAAUUCACUAAGAACUAUAGUGUUAUAUACGGAGGCCUUCCAAUGAAUGAAGAAUUCAAGGAUACUUCUUCGAAGAUAUAAAAACUUUUAAACUGUGCCUAACGAAAGCAUACAACAGUGUUGCCAUACAGAUUUAUUUUACAAGGUACAUUUUUGUACGCGAUAUAUGCCUUAUUAUUACACGAUUCCAAUGCCGAGUGGUCUUAAGCGGUCCAGAAACGCUCUGGUCAUUUGUCUAGUAUGCAUCUGACAUUUCGAAUGUGCUCUUUGAGGUUUUCUACAUCAGAAAAAAAGGAUGUUUGAAUGCCAAACCAGAACACCCAAUUGAGUGCGAUUAAAAGUUUUUGAAGAAACAGUGCCUAUUUCAUGUUUUUACCGCUUUUCAGAUUCACAUGUUUAAUUUUGAUAUUCAAAUGCGAACAUUAGAAGUAUGAAUGUUUCGAUGCAGUGUAUAAAUGUCUACGUAAAACAAAUCUAGAGCUAGUUAAAAUACAAAAAAAAACACUUAUGGAUGUUUGUGUAUCAGAAGUAAAAAAAGAAAGAAAAGAAAAUAAAACAAUAAUACCAGAAGCAUACAAAACAGAACUCUAUUUUGCUCACUUAGUGAUAGGAAACAAAAAAAAACAUUAGGAAACUGAAACCGAUAACAGUACUGUUUUCGAUAUUGAAAAUAAAAAUCUAUUUUAAAACAUGCCCACAUUUAGCUGAAACUUGAAACAUUACCGAUAUUUAGGUACACACUCCAGAACAAAACCAAUUCUAUAUCAUUCACAUUUAAGAAAGAGCGCGUAUGAGAAAUGGCAAGGUCAAAGUCAUAAGAUCCCCUUAAUGAAGUAAGCAAAACUGCAAUCAUCAAACAAACAUCAUUAUUUUGCGAUCUGGCAAACUAAUCGGAUUCGACCGAAAACGUGAGGCAACGAUUAUCCGACACAGUUGUCUUACUCAACAACAAUCCAAAACUCUGAUAUAGAUUUAUGUGAAAAAGGGGAAUAAAGGAAUACGAACAACUAGCUUGGUUAGCGCUAUAAGAUGGUAGUGUUCAAAGUUGCAAAAAGAGACAUUUUACUUGAUAAAGAAAUGAAAACACAAACAAGUAACAACAAACAUACAUAUGUAUAUGACAGAUAGUUUUUGUGGAAGGAUCUAGCCGUUCAUAUAGAAAAAAGACAGACGUCAAAGAUCAGAAACUUUACUUGAAAUCGUCUGCCUAGUAUAAGAGGCCGGUGGGUAAGUUUUUAGAAAGACAUGAUGUGCCUAUAGAAGUUCUUUAAAGUUUCAAGUCAAGAGCAAAAGCUGUUGAUGAAAUUGUUCAUUUUUUUUUCAAUAACAAAUUAAUACAAAUUGUUUCAACAUAUAUUUAUUCUUUUGAAUUCUAAAUCUGUUUCUUUUUUUUCCACUUCUUUUUUUUUGUUUUACAACGUAUUCAAUUUUUAUAUAUUGUAGGUAUUUACGAUCAAAUGAUAUUUUGUAUUAUUUUUGGAAUUUUUUCUAUUGUCCAGUACCAAAAUAUCAGGAAACUAUUUUUGAAGGCACAUUUUGUCUCACCGAAACGAUAAAAUCAAACAAAUGGCUAUAGAAGAAUAAAAUGGAAACUGCUAGAACUACUUUCUUACUUUCGUGGCAUAUUAUUUUUAACACAAGUCGUGAAUCGAUUCAUUGCAACCUACAAGUAAAGUAAAACAAAUAUAUUGCUGUAUAAUAAACACUCAAGAGCAGAGAAAUCUUUAAUCUUAAGGAUCUAGCAAAAAUCGUUAGUGGAAAAUGAGCAAAGAGACAAGUAACGGAAGUAAUCAUAGAAGAUAUUACCUAUUGAUAAAUGACACAUAUACAAACAAACAAACACAAAUACACACUCACUCACUCAUACGCUGACUACGGAAUCCAUCUUGAUCUCAUACGUGUUAGGUUUCCCCAUUUCAUACAAAACGUGUAUAUAAAUUUUGUUUGAAAUAUUACCCGAAAAUUUUUUUAUACUACUUCAAAGCCAGACUUACCUGUUUCUAUUUUUUCGGCGCUUAAAAUCUAAAUCGAUACUGAUAAAACUCAUCCUUAUUUUAAAAAUCCCGAACAUAUUAAAUUUUUCCAUAAAACAGUUUUUUGUACAAGUCGUAAUCGUAAAAACGGUAAACCGGAAACACACACUGGAGACAACCGAUGAUAUCGUUUCAUUGAAUGGGAAAUUUAAAACAAAAAGUGGAGGAUAAAAAUGAAGAUUCUGUGUAACUGAAAGGAAAAAAAAAACAAACAAGGAAUCGUCUUUGUGUUUACACAAAAAAUAACAACAGAGCGUUAAAUACACGGAAGGACAGACAGAGAAAUAAAAUUGAUAAGAUAUUGAAAACCGAUUGCAGCAGCUGGCGAGGAAUGAUGAUGAUGAUGGAGAGCGAAAUCCGAGAAACACACUAUAUCAUUUAAAAGUAAUUGAAACUCUACAUCGUAA